AUGUCUGACGCAUCCGACGCCGAGUUUAAACGAGGAUCUGGUACAGAUAGCGACCCCUUCGACAUUGUGAUCGUCGGGGCAGGUAUAUCAGGUGUUAACACAGCCUAUCGCAUUCAAACACAGCUUCCUGGUACGAGAUACACCAUCUUCGAGGCCCGAGAUGCAAUUGGCGGCACGUGGGAUUUCUUUAAGUAUCCAGGUCUACGCUCUGAUGGGUUCUCCUGGCGACCGUGGCUGGAGAAAACCCCCAUCGCCACAGCAGGCUCAAUUUUGAGGUAUCUGAGGUUAUCGGCUGCUGAUACAGGAAUCGAAAGCCACAUUUGGUUGGGCAGUCGAGUAAAGAGUGCAAAUUGGUCAAUGAAGUCGCAGGCGUGGGAGAUGACGGUGAUCUCGAACAAUCGUGUCGAACGAGUCUGGACGAGAUUUCUCGUACUCGGUACCGGCUACUACGACUACGAAGAAGCUCUGCCAGCUGCCAUUCCGAACCUUAACUCCUUCGCUGGUCUGGUUGUCCAUCCACAGUUCUGGCCGGAAGACCUUGACUAUACAGAUAAAAAGGUCGUCUGCAUUGGGAGCGGCGCAACAGCAAUCACACUUAUUCCAGUUCUGGCGGAGAAAGCGGCCAACGUUACCAUGCUGCAGCGCAGUCCGUCUUACAUUGUGUCGCUGCCCAACCCCACUUCAGCUUCCUUUCUGCAAAGGUGUAUACCAGAGCGUAUAGCCUACAGGCUAAACAGGCUCUAUUUUAUGAUAUUUCCGAUUCUCUUUUAUUACUUUUGCCGCAUGUUUCCUGUCGUCUCUAGGAACAUGAUCCGAAAAGAUGCUGCAAAUCAGUCACCGGGGAACUACCCCAUGGACACGAAUUUUGCACCCCGGUACAACCCAUUUGACCAGCGCCUAUGCUCCGCCCCCAACGGAGACUUUUACGCUGCCAUUCGCAAUGGUGGGGCGAAGGUUGUCACCGAUUCGAUCGAGCAGGUUGUGGAAGAUGGCAUCAUCCUCAAGAACGGGACAAACUUCGACGCCGACAUUAUAAUCACAGCCACUGGACUUAAGCUACGGUUGGGUGGCAACGUCAACAUAACGGUGGACGGCCAACCUUACUCUAUUGCCGACAAAUUGACCUGGCAGAACGCCAUGUUGCAGGACCUUCCCAAUACCGUAUUGGUGAUGGGCUAUACAAUGGCCUCAUGGACUCUCGGUGCCGACGCUACGGCUUUCCUGCUUUGCCGUCUCCUAAAAGGCAUGCGUAAGCACAGAUUGACCUGCAUUGUCCCUCGUCUUCCUGGCGACAAGUCUGUCCAGGCAUACCCUCUCAUGGCUCUCAGCUCUACCUACGUCUUAGCAGCAGCAGAAGUUUUACCGAAAGCCGGUGAUAAGGGUCCGUGGAGGAGGCGAAUGAAUUAUUUCACCGACAUGUUCAAGGUCAAUUACGGCGACAUGACAGAGGGUUUAGAGUCCUAUCAGGGGGACUUCGCUGUGACCGGGGUCAAGUUCUGA